CUUCAAUCACAAGUACCUUGCCUUGGGACUGGUACCGUCUUCCUCUUUCAUUCUGAUUUUUUUGGACUCUAUGUUCUCCAAUAUUGUGACUGCGGCUAAAGGACUAUUUGUGCGACACGAGUCUCAAGACCUACUCGCAGAUCCUGCUGGUGCCACUGCCGCAGCUACAUCCGACAUGGUGACCGCUACCAGAAGAGGGACGGUCACGUCUAAUCCGACCGGAGGGCCGAAUACCAAUGGUCCUUCUAAGCAGGGAAAGCGCAAGGCUCGGCCGGUGACCACGGAGAAGACAAAUGACAAGCAGAGCAAGCGGAGGAAGAGGAAUAGCGUGGAAGCAGAGAUCACAACGAUGGAGGAGUCCUCGGCGGACGAAGAGGAGACAGCACCCAAGAAACACUUCCGCUUCGGCAGUGAAGACUCAGAACCCUCUGUUCCAGAGAUACUCCACGACUCAAUCCCAGCGAAGGGCGAGCAGGAUGAGGAUGAGGAAAGCGACAGUGAUGACGAUGCGCCUGAGACGAUCGAUAAUUCUGCCCAGCUCUUGAAGAUUAAGGAGCAAGCCAGGAAGCAGGAAAAGGCAAAGCAACAAGAGGAGCUGCUGAAGAGGGAAAAGCGGCGGAAGCUCGACGAGACCCGCAAGUUGCAAGCCAAGUCCAAGCCCAAGGAAAUCACCGCCCCCAGCGAGGACCUUCUCUCGGAAAGUACCGCCACCGUGCAAGGGGAUAAUACCGAAGAUGCACGACGUCGCGCUUUGCCCGCUUUGCUACCUGACGAUAUCUUGAACGCCGAGCCAAUUGCUCGUCCUCCGACGCCGCCUGCGGAAGAUAACUUUGGGUUCGCGAUUCCGAAAAAAUCGAACAAAUUGAGAUUCUUGGAAAAGAAUGAGAAGCCUCCCAAGGAUGUUCACGUGGGCGAUGUCACUAUUCGAGUGCUUGAUGCCCCGUCUACGAAACAAAGUUCGAAGCCUGCGUUACCCCCCAAAGCUUCCAAGAGUGGGCGGGGCCUGAAGGAGGGUUGGCUCAAGCAACAAAAGAGCACAGCGCACGUCAAUGGUCUACGGAGGACUGCUGGUGGUUCAUCUGGGUUUAAACGCCGAUGAGUUCAAGUAUCUGUGAUUGUUUUAUUAAGAAAAAGUGUGAAAGGCGCAUCAUAGCACGGUCCAUGGGGUAAUGUCUGCAUUUUUUAUUGGACUUCAUGGAGUUCCGACUGUACAUAAAUUACCUACUUCCCUUUUCAAAUGAGGGAGAUUAAAAUCAAGUAUGAAUCUCAAAAAACAAUACAUUC